UGUCAUUCAGUCUGUAACCACCCACCAAACCGAGCAGCACCACCCGUCUCUCAGUCGAGAAAUCAUCCACACACAGAGAACAUAGUGUCUGGGAGGCUCCGGUCGGUGCGUGUCAGCUGAGAGAGAGAGAGAAAGGGGGUGAGAUAGAGAGACAGAGAGAGAGAGAGGAGAGAGAGAGAGAGAGAUCCUCCUUGGCACACACCCGUCAGUGUGGCAGUGUGAUUUUGACUGACUGGCUGACUGACUGACGGGGGAUUCUGGAGAAACACACAGGAAAGGGGACGACACACACAUUCUCCUGUUUUCUUUUUUUCCCUUCUCGCUGUCUGUCACUGUUGUCACCGCCGAUGGUUUUGUAGCUGCGCCGCCUGUACCCACCUCAGCAUCGGGAUUUUACUUUAUUUCUCCUCUCCUUGAUUGGCUGAAACGGGGCUGAUCCCAAGCCACCCUGGGCCGGGCCGUGGGGCUGUUCAGCGAGCCUUAUAGCUGAAGUUGGCACCCGAGAUGAGCGCCUUGAGACCCUGGAGCGGGGCUCUCUCCUCGCCGGGGAGAGGGUCUGGGUCGUGGCGUUGCUGGUGGUGGUGGUGGUGGGUCGUGGUAGUCGGGGUGGCAGUGGGUUCGGGAGACCCGUGGUUGUCCGCGGAAGCAUGCCCGUCCUCUUGCUCCUGCAGCAGCACCAGGAUCUCCUGCGUGGACCCGGAGCGGGGUAUCAAUGCUUUCCCCGUCCUGCAGAGCGAGGCGGAGAUGGAGAACAUCACCGACAUUUACAUCGCCAACCAGAGCAGCUUCUCCUCCAUUAACGACAAAGACCUGCACUACUACAAGAAUCUCAGGAACCUAACGGUGACCAACAGCAGGCUAACAUACGUAUCAAAGCUGGCCUUUCAGAACAACAUCAAGUUACAGUAUCUGAAUCUGAAAGAUAACAACCUGUCAUCACUGUCCUGGAGGAUAUUCAGGCACCUCAACAUCUCUUAUCUGAUCCUGUCAGGGAACCCUCUGCACUGUUCCUGUGAGAACAUGUGGAUCAAGCUGUGGUUAGGAGAGGAAGCAGACACUCAGGAGCUGCGCUGCAUUGAGGAUGGAGGAGGACGCAAGCUUCUGUCCACACUGGUACUACCUAACUGUGAUCGAAACAUCAGGCCAGAUUUCGAUUCUACGACUGUCCAACUUGUCCUCGUUGGACCACAACUGCAAGAUCAGCUGCACAGCGGAGAACAUUGUUGGAGAGAAAGAGUCCUCCCUGCUGCUGGACAUACUAUUUCCUCCCAAAAUCACUAAACUGAGCGAUGCAAUCCCAGACCAUCACUGGUGCAUCCCCUUCAGCGUGUCAGGAAAUCCACAGCCGCGUCUAGAGUGGUUUCAGGAUGGUAAAUCAGUGACGGAGGGGCAAUACAUCAUGACCAUGAUCCAUGACGUCACAGAGAGAGAGUACCACGGCUGCCUGCAGCUGGACAGCCCCACACACCUCAACAACGGACGCUACACCCUCUUGGCUGAAAAUACAUUCGGGAGAGAUCAAAAAGAGGUGGAAGCUCACUUCAUGCGGAGGCCCUGGGAUGGAACAGAGAAGGACCCUUACUAUUAUGUUGCUGAGGAUCCAACCACAGAGGGCCCUCCUGUAGAACCACCAGAAGACAGAGUCGCUGUGUACGUGGUGGUGGGAAUUGCUGCUGUUGCCUUCACUGGUUUCCUUCUCAUGUUGGUUAUUCUCAAGUUUGGAGGAAACUCUAAAUUUGGCAUCAAAGGACCAUCUUCAGUAAUCAGCAACGACGAUGACUCUGCCUCUCCUCUUCACCACGUCUCCAAUGGCAGCAACACCCCUUCUUCCUCAGAGAUGGGCCCUGAUGCGGUUAUCAUCGGCAUGACCAAGAUCCCAGUGAUAGAAAACCCUCAGUACUUCAGGAGCACAAACAACCUCCUGAAGACGGACACGUACACUUAAAGAGGCCAGUGAAAAUGCCAGGAAGGAUUUCCACCGUGAGGCUGAGCUGCUGACCAACCUUCAACAUGAGCACAUUGUCACUUUCUAUGGAGUCUGCGUGGAGAGUGACCCUCUCAUCAUGGUGUUUGAGUACAUGAAACAUGGAGACCUCAACAAGUUCCUCAGGGCUCACGGUCCAGAUGCAGUUCUGAUGGCAGAGGGCCAGACCACCAGACCUGUGGAGCUGACCCAAUCUCAGAUGCUGCACAUCGCUCAGCAGAUAGCAUCUGGCAUGGUUUACCUGGCAUCACAGCACUUUGUGCACCGCGACCUGGCCACCAGGAACUGCCUGGUGGGUGAGAACCUGCUGGUAAAGAUUGGGGACUUUGGCAUGUCCAGAGAUGUCUACAGCACUGACUACUACAGGGUCGGAGGUCACACUAUGCUGCCAAUCCGUUGGAUGCCCCCUGAAAGCAUCAUGUACAGAAAGUUCACCACAGAGAGUGAUGUUUGGAGUUUAGGAGUUGUUCUCUGGGAGAUCUUCACCUAUGGAAAACAACCUUGGUACCAGCUCUCCAAUAACGAGGUGAUAGAGUGUAUAACCCAGGGCAGGGUGCUGCAGCGCCCAAGGACCUGUCCUAAAGAAGUAUAUGACCUGAUGCUGGGCUGCUGGCAGAGAGAAGCCAACAUGAGACUCAACAUCAAGGAAAUCCACUGCUCUGCUCCUCAACCCUUGGCCAAGGCCUCACCUGAUAUACCUGGGAUAUACUGGGCUGAGGAGGGACGGAGAAAAGGAGCCAUUCUGUCCCUCAGUGGGACCACCAGUGAGUUAGAGAAGCAGCCAAGUCGGACACUGGCACUAAUUGGCUACGCUAUUAGAGGCCCACAGAGCCACACUUAG